AUGCAACUUAAAUUUGGUUCUUAUCCAGUUUUGGUUGCUUCAUCGCCUGAGAUGGCCAAACAGAUCCUUAAAACACAUGAUACAGUUUUUGCUUCUCGGCCUGCACUGGCUGCUGGUAGGUAUACCAGUUAUAAUUUCUCAGACGUGAUAUGCGCGCCUUAUGGAUCAUACUGGAGACAGGCUCGAAAGAUUUAUCUUACGGAGAUAUUUUGCUCUAAACGGCUCGAUUCGUACGAACAUAUUCGCAUCGAGGAAAGGAAUAAUUUUCUUUCUCGUCUUUAUGCUCUUUCGCAAGUUCGAGUGAAUGGUUUCGGGAAGGCAAUUGUGCUGAGAGAACAUUUAUCUCGUUUUACUCUCACAUCUAUAACGAGGAUGGUACUAAGCAACAAAUACUUCAGUGAAUCAAAAUGUGAUGAUCAGGGUUCCAUAAUAACCCUAGAUGAACUUCAAGGGUUGUUAGGCCAAUGGUUUUUGCUUAAUGGUGUGAUCAAUAUUGGAGACUGGAUACCCUGGUUAAGUUUCUUGGACUUGCAGGGAUAUGUUAAGCAAAUGAAGGAUUUGUACAAAAAAAUCGACAGAUUUCACGAAUACGUUCUCGAUGAUCACAAGGCUAAAAGGGAUGCAUAUGGCAAGGAUUUUGUCCCUAAAGACAUGGCAGAUGUUUUGUUGCAGCUUUCUGAGGAUCCUAAUCUUGAGGUCAAACUCACAAGGGAUUGUGUCAAGGGGUUAAUGCAGGACCUACUAACAGGUGGCACAGACACCUCAUCAACCACAGUCGAAUGGGCAUUUCAUGAAAUUAUUAAAAACCCACACAUAAUUGAGAAGGCAACUGACGAGCUUGAUAGAGUUAUUGGUAGAGAAAGAUGGGUGGAAGAAAAUGACUUCCUCAAAUUGCCUUAUAUAGAAGCUAUAAUCAAAGAAACCCAAAGAUUACAUCCACUUGCUACGAUGCUCGCGCCACAUUUUGCCAUUGAAGACUGUAAUGUAUCAGGUUACGAUAUCUCUAAAGGAACGACAGUCCUGAUAAACGUAUGGAGCAUAGGAAGGAACCCCAAAUAUUGGGAUGCACCGGAACAAUUCUUGCCAGAAAGGUUUUUGGACAAGAAAAUUGACACGUUGGGACAAAAUUUUGCUCUGUUGCCAUUCGGGUCAGGUCGUCGGAUGUGUCCCGGGUACAAUUUGGGACUUAAGAUUAUGCGUUCAUCGUUGGCCAACUUGUUACAUGGAUUUAACUGGAAAUUGCCUCAGAAUAUGAAGCCCAAAGAUGUAUGCUUAGAGGAGGUUUAUGGAUUGACCACACAUCCGAAAGUGCCUCUUGAAAUGAUCAUAGAACCUCGACUUCCGCUACACCUUUAUUAA